CAGGUACCUUGGCUAAGCGGCCCACAGUGAGGGAGAAAUUGGAAAAUUCUUAGCUAUUUUUGACUCCUACUAAAAAAUUUAAACCGACACCUGAUUACUUUUUGAUCAUACAGAACAGCCUGGGACAUGAGGAAAGAAAAACAGAUAUAGGCUAAGGAAGGAAAAUACAAAGAAGUGCUACAGCUGGAUUCUUCAGUCACUGUGAGGACCUUCACAUGGUGACUUCUAAUGUUAUCGUUUUAAACCAGAAACAUGGUCAUUCUGCAACAGGGCGACUAUGUCUGGUUAGACCUCAGAACAGGUCAGGAAUUUGACGUCCCUGUUGGUGCCGUGGUCAAACUCUGUGACUCAGGUCAUAUUCAGGUUCUUGACGAUGAAGGAAAGGAGCAUAGGAUCUCUCUCCAGAAUGCUACAAACAUCAAGCCUAUGCACCCAACCUCUAUUCAUGGAGUGGAGGACAUGAUCCGUCUCGGAGACCUGAAUGAGGCUGGAAUCCUCCGAAAUCUGUUGAUCCGUUACAAUGACAGAGUUAUAUAUACAUACACAGGAUCAAUCUUGGUAGCAGUGAAUCCAUAUCAGCUUCUGCCCAUCUACACGGCUGACCAGAUCCGUCUCUACACAAACAAAAAGAUAGGAGAGAUGCCCCCCCACAUUUUUAGCAUUGCGGAUAACUGCUACUUUAAUAUGCAAAAAAACAACAAGGAUCAGUGCUGUAUAAUUAGUGGUGAAUCUGGAGCUGGAAAGACCGAAAGCACCAAGUUGAUCUUGCAGUUUUUGGCGGCUAUCAGUGGGCAACACUCCUGGAUUGAGCAGCAGGUUCUGGAGGCCAAUCCUAUUUUAGAAGCAUUCGGUAAUGCCAAGACCAUACGCAAUGAUAACUCCAGCCGGUUUGGGAAAUACAUUGAUAUUCACUUCAACAAGCGUGGCGCUAUCGAGGGGGCAAAGAUCGAGCAGUAUCUGCUGGAGAAAUCUAGAGUUUGCAGACAGGCACCAGAUGAGAGAAACUACCAUAUUUUCUACUGUAUGUUAGCAGGCAUGAGCCCUGAUCAAAAGACUAAACUAGGUCUUGGACUGGCUACAGACUACACAUAUCUUACUAUGGGUAACUGUACAGUGUGUGAGGGGAGGAAAGAUAUGAAGGAAUAUUCCAGCAUCCUUUCAGCCAUGAAGGUCCUGAUGUUUACCGACACCGAGAACUGGGAGAUCUCCAAACUGUUGGCUGCGAUCCUGCAUAUGGGCAAUAUGCGUUACGAAGCUCGAACCCUUAAAAACCUUGAUACGUGCGUGGUGGUUCGCUCACCGGACCUGGCCAAAGCAGCCGCCCUACUAGAGGUGGACCCUCAAGAUGUUAUGACGUGUCUGACCACCCGCACACUGAUCACCAGGGGUGAAAGUGUGUCCACCCCUCUCAGUAUGGACCAGGGGCUGGACGUCCGCGAUGCAUUUGUCAAAGGAAUCUACGGGAGGUUGUUUGUGUGGAUAGUGGAUAAAAUCAAUGCGGCAAUCUUCAGGUCUCCGUCCUCUGAAAACAAGUCUGCUAGCAGGUCCAUUGGCUUGCUUGACAUCUUCGGCUUUGAGAAUUUCACUGUUAACAGUUUUGAGCAACUGUGCAUCAACUUUGCGAACGAGAACCUGCAACAAUUCUUCGUUCGUCACGUUUUCAAGUUAGAGCAGGAGGAGUAUAACCUAGAGGACAUCAACUGGCAACACAUCGAGUUUACAGACAACCAGGAUGCCUUGGACAUGAUUGCCAUCAAACCUAUGAAUAUCAUUUCCCUUAUUGAUGAAGAGAGCAAGUUUCCAAAGGGUACGGAUGCUACGAUGCUAAACAAGCUCAACUCUCAGCACAAACUAAAUACCAACUACAUCACCACUAAACACAGUCAUGAGACGCAGUUUGGCAUUCAGCACUUUGCUGGAGUGGUGCAGUAUGAAACUAAGGGUUUCCUGGAAAAAAACCGAGACAGCCUCCAUAGUGACAUCAUCCAACUGGUGCACUCGUCCAAAAACAAGUUCAUCAAGCAGAUCUUCCAAGCUGAUGUUGCCAUGGGAGUAGAGACCAGGAAGCGCUCCCCGACUUUGAGCAGUCAGUUUAAACGCUCGCUGGAGCUGCUCAUGAGGACCCUAAGCGUUUGUCAGCCGUUUUUUGUGCGCUGCAUCAAACCCAAUGAACUCAAAAAGCCCAUGAUGUUUGAUAGAGGUUUGUGUGUCAGGCAGUUGCGCUACUCUGGUAUGAUGCAGACCAUUCGCAUACGCAGAGCCGGAUAUCCCAUUCGCUACACAUUUGCCGAGUUUGUUGACCGUUAUCGUGUCCUCAUGCCUGGAGUAAAACCAGCGAACAAGCAGGCAGAUCUGCGAGGGACCUGUCAGCGAAUAGUUGUAUCGGUUCUGCAGAAAGAUGUUGACUGGCAGAUAGGAAAGACCAAAAUCUUUUUGAAGGAUCAUCAUGACAUGCAGCUAGAAAUGGAAAGAGAUAAAGCGAUAACUGAAAAGGUUGUUCUCAUCCAGAAAGCUGCAAGGGGGUUGAAGGAAAGGACUUACUUUCUAAAGGUCAAAAGAGCGGUGACAUUAAUCCAGAGGAUAUGGAGAGGCUACAUCUGUAGAAAACACUACACUGCUAUGUGUGUGGGUUUCUUGCGGCUACAGGCUUUGUUCAGGUCACGAAAGCUGUACUUGGCGUAUCAAGCGACCAGAACACGCAUCACUCUGCUUCAGGCUCGUUGCCAUGGUUUCCUGGUGCGGCAGAGGUUCUCCAGGCGCUUCCAUGCAGUCCUGACCAUCCAGGCUUAUGUGCGAGGAAUGAUAGCACGGAGAAUGUGCAAACAUCUCAGAUUAGAGAGGGAACGCCGGUUAGAGGCUGAAAGACAGCGGUUGGCUGAAGAGGAGCGCUUGAGGAACCAGAUGACGGCACGCAGGGCCCGGGCAGAAGCUGAGAGGAAGCAUCGGGAGCGUCUGGCACAGCUCGACCGAGAGCAGGAGGAGAGAGAGCAGGCAGAGCGAGAUGAGACCCGCAGGAAAAAGGAGAUGCUGGAGCAGAUGGAGAGAGAGAAACAGGAACCGGUCAACGACUCCGAUAUGGUGGACAAGAUGUUCGGCUUCCUGGGCAAUGCCAACUCCUUCCCCAACCUGGAGGGUGAAGCUCCAGAGGGCUUUGAGGAUCUAGAGAAUGUGACGACAAAGUUUGGGGAAGAUGUUAUUGACAAGGCUCUUCUGCUUCCCGAUGAUGAAGAGGAAGACCUAUCAGAGUAUACCUUUGUGAAGUUUGCGGCAACGUACUUUCAGGGAAAUGCCACGUAUACGUACAUGCGCCGGCCACUGAAACAACCUCUGCUGUUUCAUGAGGAUGAAGGAGAUCAGCUAGCUGCUCUGGCUGUGUGGAUCACAGUGUUGAGGUUUAUGGGAGAUCUCCCUGAACCCAAAUACCAUAUCAGUAUUAGUGAUGGCAGUGAGAAAAUUCCAGUUAUGACUAAGAUCUAUGAGACGUUAGGAAAGAGGACCUACAAAAGAGAGCUGCUGGCCCUGCAAGUGGAUGAGGAGAGUUCCACCAGUGACAUCCAAAAGAGAAACAGUGUUCGGCAUAAGCUGGUGUCACUCACGCUUAAGAAAAAAUCAAAGAUUACAGAGGAGGUGACCAGAAGACUGACAGACAACGAUUACAUCCUACAAGGAAACAGCAUGCUGGAAGAAAGGCCAACAUCUAAUUUAGAAAAACUCCACUUUAUUAUUGGCAAUGGCAUUUUACGCCCCACCCUCAGAGAUGAGAUCUACUGUCAGAUAUGUAAACAGCUGACCCAGAACUCAUCCAAAACCAGUCACGCCCGAGGCUGGAUUCUCCUGUCCCUCUGUGUCGGCUGCUUUGCCCCGUCUGAAAAAUUUGUUAAGUAUCUGCGGACAUUCAUUAACAGCGGGCCACCUGGGUAUGCUCCUUAUUGUGAGGAGAGAUUAAGAAGAACAUUUGUGAAUAAAACAAGAACACAGCCUCCUUCCUGGCUCGAGCUACAGGCUACUAAAUCGAAGAAACCCAUUAUACUGCCAGUGACUUUCAUGGAUGGCACCACAAAGACCCUGCUUACAGACUCUGCCACUACGGCUGAGGAGCUCUGCAAUGCUUUGUCAGACAAAAUUGGCCUAAAGGAUCGCUUUGGCUUCUCUUUAUACAUCGCUCUCUUUGAUAAGGUGUCAUCUCUGGGCAGUGGAAAGGACCAUGUGAUGGAUGCUGUGUCGCAGUGCGAGCAGUAUGCUAAAGAACAAGGCGCACAGGAGCGAAACGCCCCUUGGAGGCUCUUCUUCAGAAAGGAAAUCUUCACGCCUUGGCACAACCCCGCUGAGGACAGUGUGGCCACAAACCUUAUCUACCAGCAAAUUGUGCGCGGGGUGAAAUUCGGGGAGUACCGCUGUGAUAGGGAGGAGGAUCUGGCCGAGUUGGCUUCUCAGCAGUAUUACGUGGACUAUGGGUCAGAGAUACUACAGGAUCGCCUUAUUAGCCUCAUUUCUUCCUACAUACCAGAUAGAGAAAUUACAGCCUCCAAGACCAUGGAGAAAUGGGCCCUAAGUAUCACUGCAGCUCUUAAAAAGGGAAUCUACACGCAGAAGAGGUUGGACUCACAGAGGGUUAAGGAGGAUGUGGUGGAUUUUGCUCGAUUUAGGUGGCCUUUACUUUUUUCACGCUUUUACGAGGCCUUCAAAUUCUCAGGGCCUAGUCUCCCAAAGAACGAUGUUAUAGUAGCAGUUAACUGGACCGGAGUUUAUUUUGUGGAUGAACAGGAGCAGGUUCUUCUGGAUCUUUCUUUCCCAGAGAUCACGGCAGUCUCCAGCAGCAGAGGAGGAAAGCUGCAGGGACAGAGCUUUACUCUGGGCACCAUUAAAGGAGACGAGUACACCUUCACAUCCAACAAUGCAGAGGACAUCCGGGAUCUGGUCGUCACCUUUUUGGAGGGCCUACGUUCAAGAUCAAAGUUUGUAGUGGCCAUGGUGGACAGUCAUUGCUCUCCUGGGCAAGACUCUACGUUCCUGAGUUUCUCAAAGGGAGAUUUGAUCGUUCUGGAUGAUCACACAGGAGAACAGGUCAUGACCUCAGGUUGGGCUCAUGGCAUCAAUGACAGAACAAAGAAAACAGGAGAUUUCCCAGCAGACUGUGUCUAUGUGCUGCCCACCAUUACCAGGCCAAAAUAUGACAUUGUGAGUCUGAUCACAAUGUCAUCAGACCAACGUAAGGAGUCUAUAAGUUUGUCCCAUCAAAAUCUGCUGGACAGUGGAGAGAAGAUUCAACCCUACACUCUAGAGGAGUUCUCCUACGAUCACUUCAGACCUCCUGGCAAAAGCACACUAGGUCGUGUAAUCAUACCUAAAGGCAGAGGGAAGGAUAAAUUGUGGUGCUGUACCCGAGAACCUCUCAAACAGCCUUUGCUGAAGAAAGUCCUUAAUCAUGAAGAGCUCUCCCAGGACGCUUGUCAGGCCUUCACUGCCAUUUUAAAGUACAUGGGCGACUAUCCCUCCAAGAGAACCCGCUCAGUCAGCGAGCUCACCGAUCAGAUCUUUGAGGGAGCUCUGAAGGCCGAACCACUAAAAGAUGAGAUCUUCUGCCAGAUCAUAAAGCAACUAACCGAGAAUCACGUGAAGUACAGUGAGGAGAAGGGUUGGGAGCUGCUCUGGUUGUGCACCGGUCUCUUCCCUCCCAGCAACAUGCUCCUUGCCCACGUCCAAAAGUUCCUGCAGUCCAAGAAGCACCAUCCAGUAGCCCCAGACUGCAUGCAGAGACUACAGAAAGCCUUACGAAAUGGCUCCAGGAAGUAUCCACCUCACCUUGUGGAAGUGGAGGCUAUUCAGCACAAAACCACCCAGAUCUUUCAUAAAGUCUACUUUCCGGAUGACACAGACGAGGCUUUUGAGGUUGAAUCAAGCACAAAAGCCAAAGAUUUCUGUCUGAACAUUGCUGGCAGAAUGAUGCUUCAAUCAUCGGAGGGUUUCAGCUUGUUUGUCAAAAUAUCUGACAAAGUGAUCAGUGUGCCAGAAGGAGAUUUCUUCUUUGACUUUGUUAGACAUCUGACAGACUGGAUCAAAAAAGCCAGGACUGUAAAAGAUGGUGCAGUGCCUUCACUGACCUAUCAGGUGUUUUUCAUGAAAAAACUGUGGACUAAUACCGUACCAGGAAAAGAUCCCAUGGCUGAUUCAAUUUUCCAUUACUUCCAGGAGCUCCCAAAGUACCUGCGUGGCUACCAUAAGUGCUCUCUUGAGGAGGCCUUCCAGCUGGCUGCUUUAAAUUACAGGGUAAGGUUUGAGGAGGACAAAUCACAGCUUCUCAACCUCCCCAAGAUGUUGAAAGAGCUGGUUCCUCAGGACCUCAUACGACAGCUCUCACCGGAUGAUUGGAAACGGGCUAUCAUCACAUACUUCAAUAAACAUGCAGGGAAAUCUCGGGAGGAAGCAAAACUGAUGUUUCUAGAAAUCAUUUACAAUUGGCCUACUUUCGGAUCUGCCUUUUUUGAAGUCAAGCAAUCCACAGAUCCAAAUUUCCCAGAAGUCCUCUUGAUAGCGAUCAACAAGCUUGGCGUUACACUCAUUGAUCCCAAAACAAAGGACAUUUUGGGAACGCAUCCCUUCACCAAAAUCUCGAACUGGAGUAGUGGACAUACAUAUUUCCACAUUACCAUUGGUAACCUGGUCAGAGGAAGCAAGCUGCUGUGUGAAACAUCACUAGGAUAUAAGAUGGAUGAUCUUCUCACCUCUUACAUCAGUCAGAUGUUGACAACUAUGACCAAACAGCGCAGUUCACAUGGAAACAGCAAAUAGUAGAAAAAGUUUUCAAUGGUGCACUGUUAAAUUAUGGUACAAAAUACAGUACAGAUCCUGCGCAUGUGUUCUUUCAUUACUGGAGUGUUUCAUGCAGGAUUUAUAGAGAACUGGAAUAUUUAUUUGAUUAUUACAUACUGCCGAUACUGCAGGCUAAACACAGUUUAACUGUGCCCUAAUACAGUUGGCAAUAUUUAGAGCCAUCGUUUUAUACAUGACCACAUAAUGAAUCUUUUUAGUAUUAUGACUUGUUCAUACCAGAGCCUUAAUUGUAAAUUGUGACUUUAAUUUUGACCAUAGCAUUUUUCUUUGUCUUUUAUUGUCAGUGAAGAACAUGUGUAAUUAAAAAUUUUAAUCCUGAAUCCAACCUAAUUUAGACGGCCUUGGUUUAAGAUCAUUGUUUAAAUUAAUUUUGUAAAUUCAAUGCAUCAGAAAGAUUUUGAAAUGCUGCAAUAUACUCAUUCUAGUCAUGCAUUUAGGUUAUAAAAAAGCUUCAUUUUUGUGAUUUCUACUGAAAUCAUUGGCACGUAAACAUCACUUUAUUAGUAUUUUAAAAGAUUACGUUUAAUCUAAAAUGAUUGGCUUCAUUUAGCAUUUAAUAAUUAAUCUUUGUAAAUUAUUUGUAUGCAUUUUAUCAAUUUAAAUCAUCGUAAUCAUUUAUUUUGACAAAUGAUUGCAUCUUUUAAACUUUUGUUUCAAUUAUUUAUUCACCUUGUUGUUCAAAUAUCUUGUAAUUGUUUUCUUAUGACAUGUAAAGUGUAUUGUGAAACAGUAUUUUGAUGAAAAAUAUAUCUUUUACUUCAGCAUAUCAUUAUGUAAACAUACGCUAAAAUGAGGAAAACAAAUACACCUAACUAAUUAUCAUGAAGGUGGUAGAAAGCAGUUUGAGAUGUUUUUUAAUUGGUAAAUACCGAACAAACGUUUUUAAUGUAUUGUUACCAUAAAAUGUUGAAUUUGACGUGAGUGAAUAAGAAAAUGCAUAAAGGUCAUGUUUUUUUCUAAAUGUGAGCUACCAUUAUUCACUUGUUUGUAAAUAUCUUGGAGGAUUUUGUAGUUUUUAGCUGCUUGCUGAACCACUUAUCAAUCAUGUAAACAAUUAUUUUAGUGGAUUCACUAAACAAAACCAUACAUCACCAGGAUCAUCUUCCUUUUAAUGCAUGCAAAGACAAACAAUUUUCAGCUUUUGUCUUGAAUAUGAUUACAAGAAAAGUAUAUGGAUCAAAGUCUGGAUGCCUUGAUUUAUGAUCACUUUCUUACCCAAUUAGUUUCUGCCUAAGAGUAAUGAUUCAGGCGAAACCACGAAAUUGAUUUUAA